CUUGUCAGUAUGUAGGGUGAAGUUUAGGUCAAUUUUGUCACAUUCUCCGAACGUUAAACGUUCGCGGAAUGACCGAUGGUAAGUGUUUAUAUUUACCAUGGGACUGAUAACAUUUCCAACAAAACAAAAUCCCUCAGAUAGUUAUUAAGAAAUGGCUGUUUAUCCCUGGUACCUAUUUUCGUGGUAUUUUACAUUGUAUGAAUCUGUUGGGUUGGGUUUUUAUGUUGUGUCACGUCCUUUUGAGAUUUGCUAACGAAUCCUUGGAGUGUCUUCACGUUCGGGAAAGAAUGACGGGGCAUCAUUCUAUGUUAAUACUGUCACUUGCGCUUUUACUUUACAAAAACAUUUUCCCUGGAAUGGCCGUUGAAACUAUCUGGGCUAACGCUGCUUGCCAAGUCAUGGUUCCGUUAGCCGUGUGUUUUCGAACCAUGUGAUCCGUCCCUGACACAGUGUCAUGGGGUGCAGAUUACCAGCACUCUUUGCUCAUUUACAGCCUCUAAAUUACACUAAAUUGUGGCAGUAAGCAAAUCACUUGACUCGCUUGCUGAUUCCAACAUCUUAACAAAUGUAUCUGAUGACUCAAUCAAGAAAACGAGUUUGGACUUUGGUCUCCCCAGCUGUAUGUGCUGGUUUCUUGUCACACUGCACACUCAGCUAAAGUGAGUAAUGCUAAGCGAUGUCUGCCAGGGGUGUCCAAAGUGCGGCCCGAGGGUCAUUUGUGGGCCGUGGCAGUUUUUUACUGCCUCUCCGCACAUUCUAAAAAAAAAACAAAAAAAAACACGAAAACUACAGUGGUCCACAAGAGCAAACGUGCAGCCAUUCCAUUUUCCUCCGCUUAUCCGGGUCCGGGCUGCGGAACGUGCAGCAACACCAUAAAACAAAUCCAUUGGGGGCAAUGGGGGGGGAAACAACAGCAUGAGAGAAAUGCUGCAAGUUCACGGAACAAAACGGACGUUAGCCAGGCUUUAACUAUAUAUAACUUCCUAACUAUAGUAUGUACCUCUUGAGUUGGUUUACAGAAUGUACAAUAUCAAAGUGGCGCUCACAUCCUUUCAUUUUCUUCAGUAUUCAGGCCUCAGUAGAAAAAGUUUGGACACCCCUGAAUUGCAGCAUUUUUCUUCUCCCAAAUGUGUGCGGUGCAGAAAAUAGUGACAUGUAUGUCGGAUUAACACAGAUCAGUAUGAACAUUUAAUGAUUAACACUAGGCAUGGUUUCAGUCUUUACGCUGUCUUGGAGUGACUGGAGUGUCCUUUUUCGUAGAUUUGAACUCAGUGAAAACCUCCCAAAGUUAACCCCAAGCCUUUCCACAACACUGCGAGAUGUUGUCAUUUCUCCAUUGUGUUUUCCAUAGGUUGAAGUGGUCAGUUCCAGAAUCAAACUGUCACCAUCAUGAGGUUGACAUUCUCAACUGUUAUGCAGUUGAGGCACAAUGACAUCAAGGAAGAAAGUACUACUCAAAGUAAUCAUCCUUGGAGACUCAGGAGUGGGGAAGACCUCAUUGAUGAACCAGUACGUGAAUAAGAAGUUCAGUAAUCAGUACAAAGCCACGAUAGGUGCGGAUUUCUUGACGAAAGAAGUCAUGGUGGACGAUAGACUCGUCACGAUGCAGAUUUGGGACACAGCCGGUCAGGAGAGGUUCCAGUCUUUAGGGGUGGCGUUCUACCGUGGAGCAGACUGCUGUGUUCUAGUCUUUGACGUGACCGCCCCUAACACCUUCAAGACUCUGGACAGCUGGAGGGACGAGUUCUUGAUCCAGGCCAGCCCUCGAGACCCAGAGAACUUCCCCUUCGUGGUGCUCGGCAACAAGAUUGACCUAGAAAACAGACAGGUAACAACCAAGAGGGCACAGGCAUGGUGUCAGAGCAAGAACAACAUCCCUUAUUUUGAAACCAGCGCCAAGGAGGCCAUUAAUGUGGAGCAGGCCUUCCAGACUAUUGCGCGCAAUGCUCUCAAACAGGAGACCGAAGUGGAGAUGUACGAGUUCCCAGAGCCGAUAAAGCUGGACAGGAAUGAGCGAGCCAAGCCUUCGGCAGAGACCUGCAGCUGCUGAGGACUCUGGCGAUCUACAGAGAGGGUCGUCAUCACCCUAUCAUGCCUUGUCUAAAUAUCCUCCUUUCCCACGACCCCACGUGUUGACCCCUAAUGCCCAACAUACAAACAGCAUCCCACUCAGAGUACACAACCAACAUGCUGCACCCUCCUCCUGUGUAGGAAACACAUUUUCUAUCUAUAAGUAUGAGCCUCUUAGCCCAAAGAACACCUUCAACAAACAUUUGUAUGUUGUUUCCUUUCCAGUGUUUCUUACUUUUUGUUUAAAUGGCAACGGUGGUUUUCAGUUCUAUGAAUAUUGCUGCUUUCACAAUCAGUUCUUUUACCUUCAGAUCAACAAAACCAUAUCCUUUGUGCUUAAACAAGUAAAGUUUGAUUUUUUUUUUUUUUUUUUGGUAGCUGUGGUGGUUAUUGUUUUACUUGUACAUGCUGCCACUACUGCAUGAAUAGAGAACACACGGCGCCCCUCAUUUUAGACAUUUGUGUUGUGGCUUUGUUUCACUCCCCACCUCAUGCAGACAUUCAUAAAUAUUUGUUAGGGGUUGGGAUUCAAGUUUGGAAGAGCAGAAUGUGUGAAUUCCAAUGAAUAUGCUGCCUAUUGAUUUGUUGCUAAUUGGUAAACAAUAAUGAAAAUGAAGAGAAAUGACUAGUCCAAUCACUCCAGUGUGCAGGGUUUUUUUUGCACUUUUUAAAAAUAGCCUGCGGAAACUACACCUGGCAGGAAACUGCAUCGAGGCUCAGGUUGGUGCAAGGUCAAACUCAAGCUGUUCUUUCUGCUCCUUUUGCUGUUCCUCUUUUGGGAGAGAAGAGUAUCUCUUGUCCAACAUGAUGUGGGAAUGAAUUAACUCAAAGACAGCUCUCACAAAUACAAAUACUGGUAGUCAUAACAGUAAUUUUUUUUUUUAUUAUUGUCAACUGUUUUCAAUACUUUGUACAAUUGCAAUCAUUUUGUGGGGAAGACAUAACAUGUAAAUCUCCAUGUCUUACUGCCAGUUGCUUGUGUUGGCAAACAACUAAGUGCUUGACGUUUCUUUUAACCAAUCAGGUGUUUGUCUGCUUGAAUUAUAUUGAAAACUGAAAUGCAUUACAGAUUAGAGACAAUAGCUAACAGACUGCAACUUUGAAAGAGGUGGUGGAAGUAGUGGCAUUCAUCAUGAUAAUAUGAUAAAUGCAUAGCAGCAACGUUUAAAAAAGUCUUUGCCUUUCAAAAGUAAUAAGGGUAAUAAAAACCUUGGAUUGAGCAA